UAAAAGCGCGCGGCGUUUCCAUCCUGAUGCACUCUACCGGUCAACAUGAGGGGGCUGCUGGGAUUCACCCUGCUGUUUGUAGCUGUUCUAAGCAAGGAGACUUUUGUGGGGCAUCAAGUCCUUCGCAUCGUUCCGAAGGAUGAAGUCCAACGAUCUCAGCUCAAAAAUCUGGAGGAAAUGAUGGAUUCCCAGCUGGACUUCUGGAGAGAAGUCACUCGCAUGUCCACCCCUGUGGAUGUCAGGGUUCCCUCCCACGCCCUGCAGUUUGUCAAAGACUUUUUGGGGAGUCGCAACAUUGAGUACUCUGUCAUGAUUAAAGAUUUGCAGGCACUGCUGGAUCAGGAGCUGGAGGAAAUGGAUGCAGCAUCUCUCUCUGGAAGUCCCAGGAACACUGACGGUUUCGACUAUGAAAACUACCACACCAUCGAUGAGCUUUACAGUUUCCAAGACAUGCUGGUGGCUGAGAACCCCAACCUGGUCAGCAAGUUGGUGAUUGGUCACAGCUACGAGGGCCGUCCCCUGAAUGUGCUCAAGUUUAGCACUGGUGGAACCAACCGCCCAGCCAUCUGGAUCGACACUGGAAUCCACUCUAGGGAAUGGGUCACUCAGGCCAGUGGCACCUGGUUUGCUAAGAAGAUUGUGAAGGACUAUGGAACCGACCCUGCUCUCACUGCCAUCCUUAACAGCAUGGACAUCUUCCUGGAGACCGUGACCAACCCUGAUGGAUACGCAUACACUCACAGCUCUAACCGUAUGUGGCGUAAGACCAGAAAGCCCAACCCUGGAUCCACCUGUGUUGGAGUUGAUCCCAACAGGAACUGGGAUGCUGGUUUUGGAGAGCCCGGUGCCAGCAGCAACCCCUGCUCAGAGACUUAUCGUGGAACCACUCCUCACUCUGAGUCUGAGGUCAAGUCUAUUGUGGACUUUGUGAUCGCCCAUAAAAACUUCAAGGCCUUCAUCUCCAUCCACUCCUACUCUCAGAUGCUCUUGUACCCUUAUGGCUACACCUCCGCACCAGCCAAGGAUGAGGCUGAGCUGCAUAGUCUGGCUCAGAAAGCCAUCACUGACCUGGCUUCCUUGUAUGGAACUCGCUACACGUAUGGCAGCAUUAUUGACACUAUCUACCAGGCAAGUGGAAGUACUGUUGACUGGACGUACGAGCAGGGCAUCAAGUACUCAUACACUUUUGAGCUGAGAGACACCGGCGUGUACGGCUUCCUGCUGCCCGCUAAGCAGAUCGUUCCCACCGCAGAGGAGACUUGGCUGGCUCUGAUGGCAAUCAUGGAUCACACCUUCAAGAACCCGUACUAAUGCCAGAACUCCCUCAGGGGACCUACAGCUCUCACCGUUGUGGUGUAACCUGUAUAAAUAAAAUAUCAAUCUUGACCAACAAA